ACCUCUCCAUUCCAACUAAAAAAGUUAGGGCACCUUUUCCCUCUUUUAUCUUUCGAAAUGGAGAUGCCACAACCCAAAGACAAAGAAGGCUCUAAUGCUUUCAGAUCUUGGUGGCGGAAGGUUACCACGGCCAACAACCCACAACAAGUUCCUCAACAACAGCUAGUUUUUGGAGUUCCUUUGACCGAGAGCAUUCAAUAUGCUCACGCAGCCAUAGCCUAUGUGGAUUGCAAUGUACAAUAUGUGGGAUUUGUUCCUUGCAUUGUUGCCAAAUGUGGCUCCUUUUUGAAAGAUCGAGGGCUCUAUACAGAGGGUAUUUUCCGGAUGUCCGGCAGUGCAAGGAGGAUAGGUGACCUGCAGCGGAUAUUCGAUACACCUCCGGAUUACGGGAGUCAGUUGGAUUGGGAAGGCUUCACCGUUCACGACGCUGCCAGCGUACUUCGACGGUUUCUCAACUACUUACCUGAGCCUGUCAUUGUGUCGAGCUUUUACCAAGUAUUUCGUGACGUGAUUGAUCAACCGAUAAGUGAGCAAGAAAAAGUGGAGGCUUACCAGGGACUAUUGGAUCAACUGCCACAAGAUCAUCAAUACCUCUUGUUAUAUCUAUUGGACCUCAUGGCCCUUUUUGUACAAAAUCAGAAAACAACUCGUAUGGAUGCUUCCAACCUCGCGUCAGUAUUCACGCCCGGCAUUUUAUGUUCUUCUGAGCAUGCUAUGAACCCUGCCCAUUACAAGACUUCGCAAAGGGUCAUACAGUUCCUGAUAGAACACCAUGAACAUUUCAAUAUGCCGAAGAAGGCUUGGUAUGUUUUGGACAAUAAAAACCCAACACCAGAUUCCACUACAACGAGCAAUGAUAGCCAGUCACAACCAAGCACGUUACCCCAAAGACGCGGGACUCCAUUGGAUAUCUACCGCAAACAACAGCAUGAGCUUAAUCGACUAUCCUUUGCCAGCUCAACUGGCUCUAUUGGCGGCGAAGAAAGGAAAGCGAAAGCACUCAGCCGAUCUCGUACGGUUCCAUCAAAACGCGCGAGGUUUGGAUCGCAUGAUCCACUACAAGUAGUUCAGCUCAGCAACGGACCACGUAGCGAAGGCACAUCACCCAAAAUCACAGGGCAAUCAUCAUAGGCAACCCUAUCCUAACAGCCAUGUACAUAAAUAUUCUUCAUCAAUGCUGCUUAUUUUUUUCUUUCUGAAAAUUCUCAAUCAUAUCUACUUUCAUUAUCUCAGUACAUUACCCAAUGAUUAAACAAAACACCUCUCCCUACAUUUUAUCUUUUCAGCGAAGCAUUGAAAAUGUUUAAUUUGUUGAAAGCAAAAAGUUUGGCUAUGCGGACGGCCUCAAUCAUAUUACUUACAUAAUUGAGCUCUAUACACUUGAUACCUUAGUACCAUAAAUUAUAAGAAGUCAGUGCGAAGCGCUUGCCAAGAAAGGUUCGUCAUGAAAUGAGAAUUGUAGACGCACAAAUAUCAAUUUCUUGGCUUAGUAAGGAAGGACACUAUACAUG